AUGUUUCAAUCUAUCAAAAAAAAUUUAGCAUAUGAAGAAAAAUUAUUUAGGACUCAUGAUUUAUCUAAAGGAAAUGCAAUAUUUAUGUGGUCUAAUACUCCUUCAAUUGUCAUUGGUAGGCAUCAAAAUCCAUGGCUUGAAAUUAAUAUUCCACAUGCACUUGAAAAUAAAAUAAAUAUUGCUAGAAGGCAUAGUGGUGGAGGAACUGUAUAUCAUGAUCUUGGAAAUUUAAAUAUUUCAAUAUUAACAGAACAUUCCUAUCAUUGUAGACCAAAAAAUUUAACUUUAUUAAGUAAUAUUUUAAAUAAUAAAUAUAAGAUAAAUAUAAUACCGAAUAAACGUGAUGAUAUGAUUUUAAAUCCAGGUGAAAGAAAAAUUUCAGGUACAGCUGCAAGAAUUUCUAAAGGUAGAGCAUACCAUCAUUUAACAUUAUUAGUUGAUGUAAAUUUAAUAACAUUAAAAAAUUCAUUAAAAAGUCCAUGGGUUGAGAAGAUAGAGACAAAUGCUACAAGAAGUGUUCCAGCAAAAGCUGUUGGUUUUUUAGGACAAGAAAUUAAAAAUAUUACUGUUGAAGAUGUUAAAGAAACAUUAGUGGAUGGAUUAACAAAAGAAAAUGGUGGAAAAAUUAAUAUAUUUAUGGUUAAUCCUAAUAAUGAUGAAGAAAUUGAUGUUGAGGAUUUAAAACUUUUAAAAAGUUGGGAUUGGAUCUAUGGAAAAACACCAAAAUUCACUUAUAUAUAUUCAAAUGAAAAAAUACCGUUGAAAAUAGAAAAAGGAAGAAUAAAGGAUCUUGAUAAUGAGUUACCACAAAUUUUACCAGAAUAA